AUGGCACCUACACUCCCUCUCGAGCUCCAGCUGUUCGUCAUCGACCUCGCCCUGCCGCCCCUCACCCGCAAAUCGCUCGCCGAGCUGAGCGAGCUGAUGAAGACGUGGACCCUCGUCGACCGCGCCUGGCACGCGUACCUGGUCGCCAAGGUGCCUGUCGUGCCCCGGCUCGUCCUGAGGGAGGACGAGCGCGACGUCGCCGCGUUCGAGCGGUUCCGCGAGGUCGUCGAGGCUGCGGGCCGGGUCGUCGAGCACUGCGAGCUCGACAUGCGGCGGUGGAAGGGCGAGAUCCUCGAGGGCCACCACCUCAAGAACGCUCUGCGUCGCUACAAGACCGCCUGGGUCGACUUGCCGUGGACCCCGUGCACUUGGCCGCUCGAGCAUCUCGCCGGCCUCACUCGCCUGUCGAUGAACGACGAUCUGCAUGAAGAACCGCCGACGCUCGCGACCUCCGUCAAUGCUCGUCUCGAGCACGUCGCCCUGACCUGUGUCGACCUCGCCGACGUCGACCUGAGCGGCGCCCACAUCAAGUCCAUCCUCUUCAACAAGUGCUACCGUAUCGACUCGCAGAUCUUUUCUGCGGGCUUCCCGUCUCUCGAGGUCCUCGGCAUCUCGUGCGCGCUCUCGCCCUCGUUCGUCGAAGCCAACCUCGAGCACAUACGCCAGGCUUGCGCCGCGAGCAACACGGUGUUCACGGUCAUCGAGGCGCCCGAGGACGACUCGGCGUUCGACCUCGAGGCGUGGGCGCUUUCGGUCGGCGGGUAA